UGCACCGCCCGAGCCUCUGGGCCGGGGAAGCACUGGCCGGUGGCUCCCGGGCCGGCUUCUCCAGGCGCUCGCAGACAUGCAGCCCGGGAGCGGGCGGUGCGCCCGGGGCUGCCCCUGAGCCGGCCAGGGGGCCCCCCGCGGGGACGAGCGGCCGCCGAUCCCCUCCAACCUCGCCCAGGGGCCCCGGGACCCCGCAUUUGAGCGCAGCCCGGCCAGCGCCACCCCCCGCGGGCUGCAGGGGCUCAUGCAGCCGCCAAGGGAGAGGCUAGUGGACACGGGCCGUGCUGGAUGGACGGGCAUGGGGAGAGGGGCAGGACGCUCCGCCCUGGGAUUCUGGCCGACCCUCGCCGUGCUCCUCUGCAGCUUCCCCGCAGCCUGCUCCCCGUGCAAGAUCCUCAAGUGUAACUCCGAGUUCUGGAGCGCCACGUCAGGGAGCCACGCGCCGGCCUCAGACGACACCCCGGAGUUCUGCGCGGCCCUGCGCACCUACGCCCUGUGCACGCGCCGCACCGCCCGCACCUGCCGGGGGGACCUGGCCUACCACUCGGCCGUCCAUGGCAUAGAGGACCUCAUGAGCCAGCACAACUGCUCCAAGGAUGGUCCCACGUCCCAGCCGCGCCUGCGCACGCCGCCGCCGCCCGCCGGGGACAGCCAGGAGCGGGCCGACAGCCCCGAGAUCUGCCACUACGAGAAGACGUUCCACAAGCACUCGGCCACACCCAACUACACCCACUGCGGCCUCUUCGGGGACCCCCACCUCAGGACUUUCACAGACCGUUUCCAGACCUGCAAGGUGCAGGGCGCCUGGCCGCUCAUUGACAAUAAUUACCUAAACGUGCAGGUGACCAACACACCUGUGCUGCCCGGCUCCGCCGCCACCGCCACCAGCAAGCUCACGAUCAUCUUCAAGAACUUCCAGGAGUGCGUGGACCAGAAGGUGUACCAGGCCGAGAUGGACGAGCUUCCGGCGGCAUUCGCCGACGGCUCCAAGAACGGUGGCGACAAGCAUGGGGCCAACAGCCUGAAGAUCACCGAGAAGGUGUCAGGCCAGCACGUGGAAAUUCAGGCCAAGUACAUCGGCACCACCAUCGUGGUCCGGCAGGUGGGCCGCUACCUGACCUUCGCCAUCCGCAUGCCGGAGGAGGUGGUCAAUGCCGUCGAGGACCAGGACAGCCAGGGCCUCUACCUCUGCCUUCGCGGCUGCCCGCUCAGCCAGCAGAUCGACUUCCAGGCCUUCCACGCCCACACGGAGCGGCCCGGGGCCCGAAGGCCGACGACCACGGCCGACAGCCCGGCUCCCGCCGCUGCUGCCCCGGACACGUUUCCCUACGAGAUCGCCGUGGCCAAGUGCAAGGAGAAGUUGCCGGUGGAGGACCUGUACUACCAGGCCUGCGUCUUCGACCUCCUCACCACGGGCGACGUGAACUUCACGCUGGCCGCCUUCUACGCCCUGGAGGACGUGAAGAUGCUGCACUCGGACAAGGACAAGCUGCACCUGUACGAGAGGACUCGCGAGCGCCCCGGCGGGGUGGCCGCUGCCCUGUCCCCCCCGGGGCCCCAGCCCCUGCUCGGCACCCUGGUGCUCCUCACGCUCCUGCCUGUGAGCUGGUAGCCACGGACGGCCGUGGGGCACCCGGGAUCCCAGGGGAGGCCCGGCUGGCUCUGGAGAGCAGAGGCAGGCCCUGCCCAGGGGGCGGGGGGGUGGGGGGGGGCGGGGAACAGUUCUCCCCUGCCCAGGGGGACAGUUCUCCCGCAGAGCUAACCGGGAGUCCGGCCCCCGGCCUCCCCCCCCCCCCCCCUGGGGGCCCCGCCCCCUCUAGUGCACGAGACAAAGGUUGUGAUGAUUGGUGCUGUGAUGUUUGUGACGGUGAAGCUGUGGGGAGACACAGUAGCUCCUCUCCGCCCGCCCCCCUCCUCAAACCCUGCCGUGUCCCGAGGCUGACGUGCCCCCCCCUCCUUCUUCCCACGGCCCCCCACCAGAGAAACACUGGGAACGUCAGCCCCCGCCCCCUCACAAUGCACUGAGACAGGCUGACUGCUGCACGCUCGUCUGUGGGGUCCCCUGCGCCCGCUGCACGCGCGCACACACACGCACAUGCUCACACACAGCCUGGGAGGGCUCCCCAGGGACUUGGGGGAGGGUGGCUCAGGCACCCCCAGGCACCCCGCCCCCAGCACAUCCUUCAAGGAAGGCACCACCAGCCGUGCUGCCUUCUGCCCAGGGCCUCCCUGGAACAGAGAAGAGACCACGCGUGCGCAGUCGGUGGCGUGGACACGCCUUCCCACCCCGGUUGCCCGGGUCCAGCCCUGCGCUCUCCUUCUAUCCCCAGAAAGCACUGGGUUCUCAAUAUCCAAACAGAGGUGAUCCCCCAUUCCCCACCCCCCCAGCACACGUUACACACACACACACA